GGAUUUAAGAGAGAGUCUCGGACUACUUACUCAGAUAAGCUUAUUAGUAGAAUUAAGUUCUACUUUUAUAACUAUAGAUAUAGUGAUAUAUUAAUUUCUUUGAUAAUAUCUAAGUCUCGGAGUGGACUGUUCAAUAUAUUCGCCGAGAGAAUGGGGCAAAUUUUAGUUUCCCAGAACCGGCUUUAUUCCUUCUAUCGAGAAGUCUUUCUAGAGCAAGUUCAGAAGCGAAAGGAGGCUACAUUUAUUUAUUAUACGAAUUUUAUAAUAUCUCGUACGAGGAUCCAGAUAGGAAUUUACAUACCUAUCACCAAGGAGACCGAAUUAACUCCUAUUAUUUUUAUAGUCCAAUAUAUUCUCCGCAAAGGAGCUACAGAAAUAUUUAUAAAUUUCUUUAGAAAGCUGGCUACUUAUGCUCUCUUUAUUAAAGGGAGUAAUACUGAUCAAAUUGCUCUAUAUACAGUCUUUGGAAACUAUAUACAAGAUACUUUUGCUUCUUUUAUUCAACUUUAG